AUGUCUGGUAAGCGCGCCACCCGCAAAAGCCAAGGAGUCACAGAUCCCGACCCCGACCCCGAGGCCCGUCGAUCCGCACGAGCGACCAAAGGCCAGCACACGAAAGCUUUUGACCAAUCCCCGCCAGCCAAGAAGAAGGGCGGUAGCAAGAAGAGCAAGAAGGCCGAGAAGGAAGAGAAGGAAGAGAAGGAGGAGGAAGUCGAGGAUGAAGAGAUCAUCCGUUGUGCCUGCGGCGCAACCACCCAAGAUGACGACGACCCCGACGAGCCAUGGAUCGCCUGCGAGCAGUGCGGCGCCUGGCAACACAACGUCUGUAUGGGUAUGAGCAUUUACGACGACGAACUGCCUAAGGAGUACUUCUGCGAGUUGUGCAAACCCGAAGACCACAAAGAGCUGCUGACCGCUGUAGCCAAGGGCGAGAAGCUUUGGCUCACGCGACGACAGAAGCACGAGGAGGAGAACAAGAAGAAGAAGACGAAGAAGGGCAAGGGCAAGAAGAGAGAAAGCGACGCCAAAGAUCGCUCCUCGCCAGCUGCCUCCACCACAAAGUCGAAAGCAUCCCCUGCCCCAGAGGUCAAGAAGGAAGAGGAUGCAGCGGCCAAGGGCAAGCGCAAAUCUCGAGACCACUCCCAAGGCCCUUCGAGUAAGCUGCGCAAGGUCGACAACGCUCGCGCCGUCCCCGCGCCGCCCAACUACACACCCCCCGCAGAUCUGGCAGAGGGCAUCGACAAGCUUGAGGGAUCAAGAAAGAGUCGCGCCGAGGGAAUCCGCAAAUCUCUCGAUGUUGCUCUUGAGGAAGCCAUCAAGACAAAGUUGUUCAGGGUGUCCAAGGACACGACCAAGAAAGCCGUCACCGAGCGCCAUGCUAUCGAGAUCGAACGCGCCGUUCAUGACAGUCAUCCCAACGCCACCGCCGCGGCGAAUCAGAUCCGUACCCUCGUGUUCAACCUUAAGAAGAACAUUGAGCUCGCGGCCCGUGUAUUCAACCGAACCCUCACUGCUCCUGCCCUGGCCGCCAUGUCCAGCGACGAGAUGCAGACCGAGGAGCUGCAGCGCAAAACACAGCAAAUGAAGGAGCUUGCUGAUAAACAAGCAACCCUGAUCACCGAGGACGCGCCACGUGUAAGACGUACUCAUAAGGGUGAAGAGGUCGUGGAGAACGACAGCUUCACGGCAGCCGAGGAAGUCCCCUCGACUAUCCGAAGACAGAGCGUCAGAGAAAACAAGGAAACCUCCGCAGACUCAUCUGCUCACACAGCAUCUGACCCUCUCCGCAUUGAUACGUCCGGAAAACAACAGUCACCCCGACAAAGCAAUUUCGACUUGGAAAAGGUCUUCUCCGCUGUUUCUCCAGGCACUACUCAGCGUCGACCUUCCGCCCCAGCUCCAGCAGCCGGUCCCGUUGAUGAUCCAGACGUAGAUAGGAUGUUACAAGACGAUGGAGCUGAGUCGCCUCCCUACUCACCAACGGAGAAUUUGGAUCCGGAUGUCGUCUGGCAAGGACAUCUCAAGAUGACCAAUCUGGCUGAUAUCGGCAUCUUGGCCAAAUUUGCCGGUGGCGCCGACCUGAAGCAGGUCAGAGGCAUCGGCUGGGAUGAACUGAUACCGCCGCUGGUCUCCGUUGCUGGGCGCAUCCCUGAGGACAAGGCAGUACCAUAUCUCUGCGGUCUGAGGUACAACAACCAGGUUGACUUGGUCAUCACUAGCCUCGCCCCAGCGAGCGCUGAUCCGAACGCCAAGAGCCAGUUUAUGGCCGUUAUCAACUAUUUCCAGUCAAAGCAGCGCUAUGGCGUCGUCGGCGAGAGGAAGCUUGGUCAAGUGCGAGAUACCUAUCUUAUACCACUACCCGCAGGUCAUGGUCCGUUGCCAGAGAUCCUGGAAAACAUUGACGGUCACCAGGUCCCUCUGUCUCGACCGGAGCCCCUGUUGUUGAUGGUCUUCGUGGUCAGAGACGAGAACAUUCCCAUCGAGCCGGCGCAGCCAAAGGUACAACAAGCAACACCAACACCAUCGGUGCAAGCUACUCCCACGCCUGCUCCCGACAGAAAGCCGUCAGUUCCCGCGCCUACCUGGUCACCAGCAACCCCUCAGGGAGCUUUCCCCAGCAACGCACCUCCAAGACAACCACCUCCCGUGGCCCCUCCCGCCCAGGGUGUCGCACAGGACGUCAAUGCUCUUAGGCAGGCUCAGAUCGAAGGCGAACAGAAAGCACGCCAAGUGCUUGGGCCCCUGUUCACCAGCCCCACCGUUACCUUUCUUCUGCCUCAUGCUGCCAGGAUGAAGGAAGGGGAGUGGAAUGCUGUGAAACGGUGCAUCGAGCGUGACCCCAGGGCGAGAGAGGAUCUGCCUCUGCUUAGUCGGCUGCUCACCGAAGAGGGUAACAACGCAAAACAGAAUGGAACGUCGCAGCCGCCCGCUCCGACGGCGUCGCCUGGUGUCGUGCAGAAUACGAUCGCCGCGGCACAGGCGACCUUGCCCUCAGGGGCUCCUGCGCCAGCCCAGCCCAAGGUCUAA